AUGCUGAACCAGAUCACUAUUACUAUGCAUUUUGUGGAGGCACUAGAGAAAAUGCCAGGGUAUGCCAAGUUCAUGAAAGACUUGGUCACCAAGAAUAAAAAUGUCAACUUUGAGACAGUCAAAGUGACACAUCAGUGCAGUGCAAUCAUUUCACAGGCCGAGAAAAAGAUGGAGGAUCCGGGGGCAUUCACUAUCCCUUGUACUAUCGGUGUGACAAGCUUCACCAAAAUAUUGUGUGACUUGGGGGCAAGUAUUAAUCUAAUACCUUAUGAUGUGUUCAAGAAAUUUGGUUUGGGUGAUCCAAGGUCUACUUCUAUGAAGCUUCUUAUGGCAGAUCGAACUCUGAAAAAGUUGUUGGGGGUCAUUUUUGACAUUCUUGUCAAGGUGGGUCAUUUCUACUUUCCAGCCGACUUUGUGAUAUUGGAUUGCGUAGUGGAUAGAGAGGUCCCUAUCAUACUUGGUAGACUAUUUUUGGCUACGGGGAGGGCCAUUUGUGAUGGGGAAGCAGGAGAACUGAAAUUUCGUUUGAAUGAUGAAGAAGAAAUCUUCCAUAUCCAGAAGUCAAUGAAGCAAUUGCAUGACUAUGUACUGAUCUCUGUGACUGAUACAGUAGAUGAAAUGGUAGAUGAGGAUAUGCAAGAAAUGUGUCAAGAUGAAUCCUUGAGGACGGUUGGGUAUUUGAAGAGGAGAGCUGAAUUUGUUGGUGAUAAAUGGGGAAAAGUCUGA